CAAGGAGGAACUGCCAUCAGCUGGUUGCUACCAAGGACAAUCACCAGUGCAUCUUGGCAAACACCCCAGCCUGCAUCAAUGGGCCGUCAUGCGCUUGCGAAAUCGGCAGCUCUGCUCCGGGAAGUUAAGAACAAGCAAAGGACUAACCUUGUGAAGCGAUUGGAGCCUACAGAAACGAGGUCCCCAGAAACAUCAUUGUGGGUGCCACACCCAAGGACAGGGAUCUACUACCCCAAGGGCUUUGAAUGGGUCAUGGAGGACGUCCCCAGCAGUGCAGCUUCCUUCCAGCAGUCAUACUGGUUCAGGACUGGGGAGGCAGAGCCAGCAAGCUCUACUACAUCAAAGAACGAUUCUGCUUCCUUUGACCAUCCAUUUGUUUGAUGUAUGAGAGGCUUUGCAAUGGAAAAAUACAGAAAGACACAGCUGUGUGUUUUCAGGAAGAAGAGAGAUACAGCUGUGCAAGCCAUCACCGUCAUGCCAGGUCCAUGGACGCUUCAUGCUAUGACGUACUUACCAGUUGUUCUGAUUCCAAGUGUGCAGUCACAACACCCACCAACAGAUCAGAAACAACAUCUGCCUUUCUUUUGUAUUUUUCUUAACAUACUGUUCUACUUAAAAAAACCUGCCCUAAACUGCAGCUUCAGAGCAGCGUUUUUUUAAGCUUGUUCUAAGAAAAGAAACUAAUCUAAGCUUUGGUUCUCAUACUGCUAAGGGAGAAGUAAACUUGAAAUAUUGAUGGUUUCAGCAAA